AUGCGUGCCAACGCAGGAGUCCGCUGCGGAGCGACGAAAUCAUCUUCAUCAUCAUCAGACGACCAAACAAAAGAUAAAAAGAUAGUGAUUCUUGGAGGCGGCUUGCAAGGCUUAGCUUCGGCGUAUUUCUUGUGCAGCGAGAGAGGGUGCACGAACGUGACGUUGGUGGAACGGUGCGACAAGGUGGCACCAGCAGCUUCCGGGAAAGCGGGAGGAUUUCUAUCCCCGGGCGGUUGGGGUAAUAAGCAAACGCGAGAGUUGCACACGAAGAGUUUUGAACUCCACGAAAAGUUGGCGAAAGACUUGGAUGUGACGUCGUUUCGUAAAAUUCGAACGUUAUCGGUGCAAGCCGGUGAGAGCGGAUUAGCGGAUCCGUUGGUAGAAUGGUUAGACGGCGAUAUUCAGCAGAACUCGGUUUUGGACGAGAAUACUGCGCAAGUAACUCCGUCGGAGCUUUCGAGUAAGUUGCACGAAUCCGCGACGAAAAAUGGAUUGAAGACUUUAUAUAGUACGGAGUGCACGGGGAUUAGUUUUAAAGACGAAGCGCGGAGCGUUGUGAACGGUGUACACGUGAAGAAUAAAAGCGAUGACUCGCAAUCGAUCACUCUCGAAUGCGACGUCGUCGUCGUUGCGAUGGGUCCGUGGACGACGAGAGCGGCGAGUUGGUUUCCCGAUGCCGACUUUCCUAUGACUGGCAUUAAAUCAACUUCGAUAGUUUUUGAAGCUUCAGACGCGGUGAAAAGCAAUCCAGCGGCGUUAUUUUGUGCCGAAGACCCUCGAUUCCAAACACACUUGGAAGUGUACCCCAGAGUCGACGGAUCGGUGUAUUUAUGCGGGAUUGGCGGGAGCGAUUAUGUGGACGAGGAUAGAUUAGCGCCGGGGGGCGAUUGUGAAUCUGCUGAUCUCAUCAAGGCAGAUCCCAGCCGAGUGCAAGCGGCAUGGGAUUCUUUCAAGUCCAUGUCCCCGUCCGUUGGUUCCUCUCCUCCAAUUUUAACGCAAGCGUGUAUGCGCCCUUGCGCUCCAGACGCGUUACCUUUUCUCGGUAAGUUGCCGAACGUCGAGAACGCAAUCGUGGCGAGCGCGCACAACUGUUGGGGGAUUCUAUGGGCCCCUAUUACCGGUCAAAUCGUUUCCGAAUUGAUCAUGGAUGGUAAAUCGAGUUGUAAUCUCGAACACUUUAGCCCAGGGAGGUUCGCGAGACCUGCCACAAAUGGACGCGGGCGAAAGAAAGGAAUACUCUCGGUAGGCGAGCAAUGGUAA